UCUGUGAGGCCUAUCCUGGUCAAGGAGAAUUAAGAUUCAAUCCGAUUGUAGAUCGUGCGAGAUUUCGUAAGCUUCCUUCCUGGUGACGUGCGACUACAAUAAGGCGAUUCGAUCAGCUGCUCUUUGACUUCGUGCAAUAUCCGCGCAUUGGCGCCAGCGUCGUUGCUUUCGUUUCUAACCAUGGGAUCGAGGACACUGCUAAAGAUGCUUAACGGGCAUUCUGGUGAACCGACGUUGUCCUGGAACGUGGGUCUGCUGAAUGGCAAGAACAAGUACUUGACCGCUGAGACGUUUGGCUUCAAGGUGAACGCCAAUGGUCUCACGCUGAAAAAGAAGCAGUUGUGGACCCUGGAGCCGUACGAAGAGGACGACGCCAUUUGCCUCAAGUCUCACCUGGGCCGCUACCUGGCUGUGGAUCAAUUCGGCAAUGUCACGUGCGACGCUGAAGAACGUGAUGUCGGUUGCAAGUUCCACAUCACCGUCUCCGGGGAUGCCAAAGGCCAGUGGGCCCUGCAGAACAUCAACCGAGGCUAUUUCUUGGGGGCCUCUUCCGACCAGCUGGUCUGCGUUGCCAAGGCACCAGGACCUGCCGAGCUGUGGACUGUGCAUCUCGCUGCCAGGCCACAGGUUACCAUCCGUUCUGCAGGCAGACGUCGCUUUGCUCGCCUCUCUUCAGCCGGCGAUGAGAUCCAGGUGGACGCUCCGACUCCCUGGGGUGAAGACACGCUGUUCACUCUUGAGUUCCGUGAUGGACGCUAUGCCCUCCACACGAGCAACAACAAGUAUCUCUGUCCCGACGGAAAACUUGCGGAAUCCUGCGCUCCAGAGUGCCUCUUUAGCCUUGAGUUCCAUUCGGGGUACCUGACACUGCGUGACAUGAAUCUCCGCUAUCUGUCACCGAUCGGUUCCAAGGCUGUGAUGAGAACACGUUCCAAUUCGGUCACACGUGACGAGCUCUUCUCUCUAGAAGAUUCCAUCCCGCAGGCAGCAUUUGUGGGAUUCAACGGAAAAUUUGUUUCUGUAAAGCAAGGAGUGGACGUCACAUCCAACCAGGACGAGAUCUCUGACCACGAGACCUUUCAGCUAGAGUGGGACAAAGCAACGGGUCGCUGGUAUAUUCGCACAAUGCAAGACAAGUACUGGACACUGGAGAGUUCCUCUGGCAUUCAAGCUAAUGCUGACAAGGGAUCGUCCAACUGCCUCUUCGAUCUGUCCUGGCAGCCGGACGGAAGCUUGGCCUUUGUGGCCAACAACGGCAAGCUGGUUGGCGCCAAAAAGAGUGGUCACCUGUUUGCCAACUGCGAAGCUGGAGAUGAGGCUGCCCGGUUCCACUUCUUCCUGGUGAACCGACCCCUCCUGGUACUCCGCUGCGACCAGGGCUUUGUCGGCUACAAGAGUCCGUCUUCCCCGAAGCUCGAAUGCAACAAGGCGCAGUACGAGACCAUCAUUGUGGAGAGGGCGGAACGCGGCCUCUGCUACUUCAAAGGUGGCAACGGCAAAUAUUGGAGCGUGGGCGACGACGGCUCGAUCGCAGUCGACUCGGAGGGACGACAGGGCUUUUACAUCGAGCUCCGCGAACCCUCCCGGCUCAACAUCAAGUCCGCCGAGGGCGCGUACCUCGUCGCGGACAAGAACGGCAUCUUCCGAGUGGGACCCAGCGAUGCCAGCCAAGCCACCUUGUGGGAAUAUUGAGCACUUUGACAGAUCCGAAAGCAUAUAAACCUUAGUGGGAGGAGGACUUUAUUGGUCUCGCCUCGAUUAAUGGUCGAGGCCCAGUGGAUGGAGUAAACUUUAUAUGUUUCUCUCAAAAAUAUAAUUGCACACUGCCAGGAUUGCUUACUGCCAUCGGUAGGUAGUUCUGUACACUGGUAGUUUGAUUACAGUAUUGAGUUAUAGUCUGUUGUUUACUUUCGUGGCUGUUAUUAUCGCGGACACUAUGUCGACACGUUUGAACGUUCGGUUGAGACAGUAACCAACAUCCUAGACUUUUUAUCUUUCUCUCGAUUCAGAGAAUACGUAAGAAAUCACAAGUUAGGAUGCAUCAGUGGAUAACAUGGCACUGCCUGCUCACAUGUUGAACAAAUAUGUGCGUUUACACGUAGGCUUUUCCAUGAACUAUGGUGAUCUGUGUACAACGUCUCGAAGUGUGUCUGGUCGAACAAUGUACUCCAGCAAUGUCCUCCCGUUUUGAAUCGAAACUGCUCAAUAGGAAUCACUGUAGUGUAAGAUAUCAGUGUCAGUGCCACUGUAACGUGGUUCUAAACCUUCCCCUCCCGAGUAGCAAGCCCAUACUUCUUAUACCAACUGAAACUACAGUCCAUUCCAGCCAGUAAUGUGGAGGAACGACGUGCUGCUGAAAAAAGAAAGAAAAAAAAAGCUCCAUAAUGUGUCAUGUAUCACAUGUGAUUAAAAUGGGACAUUUGCACACGUACCUUUAUUGUGAUGGUAAAGCAAAAAUUGGAAGUCGCAUAAUACGAGUUGUCAUGUCAGGUUUACUGCAUCUUGAAAGCUGGUGCAUACGUAUUUGUAUUGUUUCUUUGAAAGAUUGUUUAAUAGUACAUAUUUGCUGCAGAUUUGGAAUCAGCUGUUGAACAAUUUAGUCUAGUGUGCACAGGCACAAAAUAUGCCUCGAAUGUGCAGGUGUACCAAUGUGUGUCGGACAAAGAAUGUCAUAUGUGUGAAGUGCACGCUAUUGGCUGGAAACCACAGGUUGGAAAACACAAUAUGCCUUUCUUGCUCUUGCCAAAGCAGCAGUAUUUAUUUCGUGCACCCUGCUUACAAAUAUGCAGAACUGUCCUCCGUUUUAAAAGUUACUUAACAUCCACAAUCAAAAACAAAUUUCCCCUCAGCGGUCACAUUCCCUACUUAAAAAAGCCACUACGACUGCUAUGAUCGAGCUUCAGUUUGCUACAGGCCAUGUUUUUUUGUUUUGUUUUUUUCCUCUGCAAAUCAUGAACGAAUUUUUGUACGUACAUUUCAAGCGAUGCAAAAGUGCUACGUGUGGAAUACGAAUAGGGAAUUGCAUUUCAUGCUAUUGCUCGAGCAUUCUCGAAAUCAUCGUAGCGUAACUUCUGCUGUAGAUUUUGUCGCCGUAACAAAAAGCCUGCAAACAGUGCUGUCGGAUAUACAGUUUUUAUAAUGCUGCGUACUUUUGACGGCGUUGAAUAAAACUUUUGUAUGUGUGUAAAGA